AUGGCUGCAAGAUCAGAAAAACUAGUUAUGCUACUUAAAGAGAAUCCCAAUGAAGAUAUCUCUUAUUUACUCCGGGACAUCCCUGCUGAUCCAGAAACUUUAGAGCUUGUAAUGAGAUUCUGCCAUGGUCUUGAAGUGAACAUGUCAACUGAAAAUGUUGUUCCACUCUCAUGCCUUGCUUACUACCUUGGUAUGACUGAAAAGCACAGCACCAAUAAUCUAUUGAAGAAAACUUUAACCUACUUUGAACAAAGAAUCAUCUCUAGCUGGAAUGAAUCAAUCAAAGGCCUCAGAGCCUCAGGAAAUAUUCUUGAACAAGCAGUGAAUCUUGGUUUGGUUGAAGCUUGUAUUGAGUCCAUUGUAGCGAAGGCACUUGUUGAGCCCCGCCUUCUUGGAGAACCAAUAAAGAAUUCAAUCAACGAUGAUGAUAGUGAGAGCCAGGAAAAUGGGUAUAGGCCAAAUGCAAGAAGGCAGCUUUUUGUUCUUGAUUGGCAGUCACAGGAUUUGAUUUCACUGUCUCUCCAGCUUUAUGAGCCUAUCAUUCAGACAAUGAUUCAGCGUCAUGUCCCACAAGAGUACGUUUCAGCGUCUCUCUCUCAGUAUGCAAAGAAAUGGCUAGCUCUGAUUGUAGAGAAGGGUUUGAGGUUAGGGUUGGAAAACGAACUAGACCAAGCUACAGUCAAAGACCUUUUAAUACCUUCUCAAGGAUAUGCUAGAGAAGCGAAAUGUGAUGUGGAAUGUGUGAGGAGGAUUUUAAAGAACUUUUACUGCAAUUACACUCAUUCAGACAUUUCUGGAUUAAUUACAGUGGCACAACUCGUUGAAGAUUUAUUGGCAGAGGUUGCGAAUGAUGUAGAUUUGAAGACAAUCACAUUUAUAUCACUUGCUGAAAUGUCGAAUUCAGUAUCAGUGGGAAUUCAGCGCAGCUCUGAUGGGAUAUACAGAGCAAUUGACAUCUACUUGGAUAAGCAUAGACAUUUGACAGAGUCCGAGAGAGAAGAGGUGUGUCGGGUUUUGAAUUGCCAUAAAAUGUCUCAAGAAGCUUGUGAACACCCUGCACAAAAUGAACGGUUGCCAUUGAGAGUGGUGGUGCAGAUACUAUUUGCGGGGCAUUUACACUUGAGAGACACCAUCACAAAGAAGGUGCAGGGUUCGGAUGAGAGAUUGACAAAGCUGAAGACAGAGGACGAGGAAGAAGCAGAGAGGGUAAGCAGUAGUGAAGAAGGGGUGAAAAUAGAGAUGGAGAAAAUGGGGAGCAAAGUGAUGGAGUUGGAGAGAGAAUGCUGUAUAAUAAGGAAAGAGAUUCAGUGCAGUAGAGGCAAAAAGGAAAAAUUUAGCGUGUGGAGAGAAAUGAAGCGCAAGUUUGGGUGCACGAGUAGCAUGAAUGAUUUUAAUUCCCAUUUGAAGAAGAAGAAGAAGGUGCAUCCAAGACAGUGA